AUAAUCUGUCAGAUGUUCUGUGUUGAGCUGUGGGAUGACAGAGCAAAGACGGUCAUCUGAAAAAUACCCGAAAAAACGAUUGGGAUGCAGUUAUACAUUAGACCAAAAUAAGGGUAUCCCUCACCAUACGCCCAUGCCGGUGGCUGACGUGCCCGAUGCCUUCUAGUUUCGGUAUUUUUGGUGGGCUAGGAUGAAUAACGGGUUGGAUGGGAAGUACCGUUUUUACCGAAGAAAUAAACGCGUGUAAGUCUCACGAUCAAACACGAGACUUUGUAACUCCAAAAUAUUUGAGCUGGACAAACGAGCGACAUCCAAUGGAUCGAGAGGGGAUAGCCUGCCGUAUACGGUGAUGAUCAGGUUAAGGAGUCCUACACACAGAUGAACCAGGCGAGGAGAGGAGAGGAGAGCUCAGCACGCAGGCUGUCAUGUAAGCCGUAUUCUCUGGGGCCACCUCUCGGUGCACGCUGCUUCCUGCCGCAGCGAGCGCAGCUCUGCUGGGUACCAGCUCCACCGUUCACCAGAGGACACAUUACCCCACUGCUGACAUGGAGAAGCGUUGCGCAGAGUGCCCAGAGCCCAGGCUAGCCCAGAGCCUGUGUACAUUCUGCAACAAGUGGCUGUGCUACCAGUGUACAGACAUGCACCAGCACCAGAAAGCCACCCCUCAGUGCUCAGAACUGCACCAACACCAGAAGCCCACUACCCAAUGUGUCGACCUGCACCAGAGGGACCAGAUGCCCCCCAGCUCCCUGCCUCCACCCGAACCAGGCCCUGGCUUGUGUGGCCGCCCCCUCCUCAUGUGCCACUCUCACAGACAAGAGCCCUUGGAGCUUUUCUGCGAGUCCUGUGACCUCAUGUGCUGCAGCAGCUGUCACCUGUCCGCCCACAAGAACCACAGGCUGGUGCACAUAGGAAAGGCCCUGCAGGACCAACAGUGGCAGUUUGAGAGCCUGAUGGCUCAGGUGGAGGAGAGGAGGUCUGCAGUGGAGAGCACAGCCAAACAGAUAGAGGACAGGCUGCACGGUGUAAAGGUCACGCAGAGGAAGGCUGAGAACCAGAUUAAAAUGGCAAAGAUGAUUAUGAUGAAUGAGCUGAACAAACGGGCCAACCUAUUAAUAGAGCAACUGGAGAAGAUCUCGGAGGACUUCCAGCGGCGUCUGGAGGACCAGCUGCAGGGGGCGAUAGAGAUGUGCAGCCAGCUGGACCACGUGCAGAACUUCAUCAGCUGGGCAACGGCCCACCACCUCAAGAACCCACUGCUCCUCAGCAGGGAGCUGAUUUCUCUCCAGAUGCAGCGCCUGCUUGAACCCCCACUACACUCAGACGCCUGGCUCCCUGUGAAGAUCAAGUUCAACUGGGAUGCCAGCUACUGGACUAAGCAGAUCUCAACUUUGGGUCAGCUCACUGCCGAGGGGGGAAAUCGCUCCUACUCUGAGGGUGUGGCCUUCCCCAGCAUCCUGAGGCCCCAGCCUAUCACCUGCCUGUCCCUGCCAUCUGUGUGCCAUGGAGGGCGGGACCAGGGCUGUGCCUUCCAGGCCUGCUGUCAGUCCCAGAUGUGCUGCCUCCACUGCAUACCCCCACAGCCAGCUGUGCAGCUGGACAAGACCCAGCGGGAACCCAACUCCUACUCCGCCAGGUGUGCCCAGUCCACCCUCAGCUCUCCCUCCCUGGCCCUGCACCAGAGUCAGCUGCUGAGGUGCUGGGGCCCUGACAGUCCUCCAGGUCCACCAGCUGUGGUGCCCUCCUCCAUGCAGUGUCCCCAACAGCAAGAGCAUCUCGCGGCUGCUGACCCAGGCUUGCUCAGCUCCAGCUCCAACAGUAGAGGUCUUGGACUUCAGCCCCCAGCCACAGCCCUCUACCAGCCUCAGAUUCAGCCACUUCCUGAAACUCAUGCACAGCCAGCCACAGAUGGGGCCAGGGAAGGCCAGGUCCAGCAGGCUAGCAGAGAGGGAGAGCAGACUCCUGGGCAGCCAGCUGUGGACAGAGAGGUGUUGACAGAGCAGAUCCAGGAGGGGAGCAGGGAGAAGACACAUGUACAGACAGGGGUGGACAGAGAGGUGCUGACAGAAGGGAUCCAGCAGGAACUGCAGCAGCAACAGCAGCAGCUCCUGUCUCCCCUAGUGGCCGAACUGACAGUGGAGCAGCAGGAGGCAGAGCAGCAGGAGGCCAGGACUACACAUCCAUCCAGAGACUGCAGAGAUGGCAGGAGAUCCACUUCACUGGAGAUGUCUGUGACGACCCAUGGGUUCAGUGUUGAUGCUCAGAGCAGCAGGCCCAGCACACUGUGUGGGAGGAAGAGUCGAUCCCAGAGCAUCCCACCAGAACUGGCAGGCCCCUCCAGCAGCCCCUCCACAGACAGGCCCCCGGGGGCCACCCACAGCCUAGCAACAGCAGCCGUGGAACGGGGACGCAUGGCAGGCCAGGGUUUCAUGGAUCUCAGGCGGAGGAGGCUGUCUUCUGAUGGAGUGAUACGAUCUGUGGCCUCCUUGGAGAGAUCCUUAGCCACUCUUCCCUCCAGAGGCCAGCCCAACCUACGCCUAUCGCCUUUGACCAUCUACAAGACAGAGCCUGAUUAUGUUUAUGCAUAUGAUGAGACUGGGCAUGACGUCAAAGGAAAAUGCAGAAUACCAAGAAAGACUCCAGACAACAGUGACAGAGAGGUUCAGAAGGAACCUGGGAAUUCCAGUUCCAAGGUUCCAGUGGUGUGUUUGGAAAGGCUGAAGAUCCUGGUGUCUCGGAUCCCACCACAGGGGCGGCGACAGAGUGACCCUCUGCCAGACACUGCAACAGAAAGGACCGGACUUGUUCCACAGAGGGGAAGGAAGGACAAGAUGACUGAGGGAAUAUCAAAAGAAGCCAAGGUCGCAAUGGUCAGCCCGUCUCUGGAUAAACAAUACUCAGAGAGACACACUAUCAAUCAAUCUCUCCCACCUCCAGUAAUUAAUGAUUGGCCUGAGCAUGGAAGACACAGUCCUCACAAAGAGCUCACACUGCAAGUACCCGCCACUGAUCUUGUAUCACCUCCACCUUUCUCUGCACCUGACCUUGACUCUGACUCAGAUCCCAGGUCAAUCUCAGAAAUAGUUUCUGACCCGGAACUGGACUCGGACCCACAACCAGAAUCAGAUCCCCAGCAAGAGUCUGAUCCACCAGCUGAGUCUGCAUCAGAGGCUGAUCUGGAAUCAGUUGCUGAUGAGGAAUCUCCUGAUGAGGCUGCUACAGAAUCAGAACCUAGUGUGGAAUCAGAACCUAGUGUGGAAUCAGAACCUAGAGUGGAAUCAGAAGGUAGUGAAGAAUCAGAGAAUGGUUUAGAAUCAGAGAAUGGUGAAUACCUGGAUGCUGAUGCGGAAUCAGAGGCUGAUAUGGAAUCAGACCUCCAACCUGACCCUGGUUCAGACCCCCGUUUUCCAUCUGAAACACGUCCGGGAUUAGAUUCAGACCUGGAAUCAAACAAUGCACAACCCCCUGAAUCACAAGGGUCUGUAGAAUCUGGACCAGAUCUUGAAUCGGAGCCAGACUCAGCCACUGACCCAGCCUCUAUCACUCCUGACCCAGCCUCUCUAAGUCCUGAACCAGGAGUGGAGUCCUCUCCAGCCCAGAGGUCCCUGCAUGCAGACCCUGGCCCACAGAUGCAUUGUGAAGGAGCUGAGCAGGUCCUGCCUGGGGCAGAGACCAUUGAGAUGCAGAUGCAUUGUGAAGGAGCCGAGCAGGUCCUGCCUGGGGCAGAGACCAUGGAGAUAGAGAGUGAAGACUUCUGUGCCGUGUGUCUGAUCGGAGGAGACCUUCUAUGCUGUGACCGCUGUCCCAAAGUCUUCCACCUGUCCUGCCAUGUGCCUGCUCUCCUCAGCUUCCCCACGGGUGACUGGGUGUGUACCUUCUGCAGAGAUAUCCAACAGCCAGAGGUGGAGUAUGACUGUGAGAACCAGAAGCUGGCUACAGAAUGUUCAGGAAAGCCAUUGCCUCAUGGGCUCUCUGCUUGUGACCAGAGAAAAUGUGAGAGGUUGACUCUGUUGAUCUGCAGCAACAUGCUAAGUGCUCCCUUCCAUGAGCCGGUCAGUCCACUGGCUCGCCACUACUACCAGAUAAUCAAAAGGCCCAUGGAUCUGUCUGUGAUCAGGGCCAAACUCAGCAAGAGGAGCACUCACCACUACUAUUCACCUGAGGAGUUUGUGGCUGAUGUCUCCCUCAUGUUCAGGAACUGUGCAAAGUUCAAUUAUCCGGACUCAGAGGUGGCCCAGGCAGGUCGCAGCCUGGAGAUGUUUUUCAGCUCCAGACUCAGGGAAGUGUUCCCAGACAGGGCCUUCCCUGCAGCCGAGGAUGACUCCGACAGCGAUGAGUAUGACGAGGUGUACAGAGCAGCUGAGGGAGGCUUCCCCUGGCCAGAGAAGAGAGAGCAGUGUCACAGGAAGAGGAAGAGGAGGCACUCUCUCAGCUGGAGGAAGCAUAACUUCUAGUUGUAGGAAGUGGAGCAGAGCAUAUCACUGGCUAUUUUGAAGGACAGUAUGACAUGAUAUUGCACUGGACGUUUCCAUCCAAGAGAGGAAGCUGAGUUUUUAUGAAGGGAUUGUAUGUACAUAUUUACAUUUUGAGAAUUGUACUUCUUCAUUAUAAAGGUUAUCUGCUCUUAAUUUGGCCUGAUAUUUGUGUCAAAUAUUAUUGUAUAACUAUAAUCUGACAUACAUCUUUAUACUUAUUAUGCCUUUAUAAACUGCGUUUCUGGUAUUUGUUUUUUGAUUCAGAUAUAUUUGGAGAUUCUACCUAUAUAUGUAGAUUCUCCAUCAUAUACAGCAAAACCUAUAAGGUCAGUAUUAAUACAUGGUAAACAUAUUUAUAAAUGUUAAACUCUACAUUAUCUUGUUUUAUAUAUUAACAUUGAGUGUUUUUAGUGGCUAAAUGAUUGCAGGCAAUUAGUAAAUACAGACUAUUAAUGUUAAUAUUUCUGUCUUGCAUUUUAUAUUUAUAUAUAUGUAUCUCUGUCCUAUAUGCACUUAAAGUACAGUAUAGAACGUUAUAUACACCUACCUUUUUAUACUGUAAUGAUUUGAGUGACUGACAGAGGGCGCCCUAGCAGCAAUGACUGAGCACAAAGGAAAAGGUUAAGUUCAUAUUGAACCAAGGAAGUAUUCAAAGAAGAUUAAGAUAAAUAUAAAAAUGAACAUACCUUUAGUUGAAAUUGCCACAAUAGUAUUGCAAGGCACGUAUGCUUUAGAUUUGCAUUUAUUAAAUCGUAAUGAAAUUAUACUUCAUUAGUAUAAGGCCAGUAUUAGUAAUGAUUAUUUCUCAGGCUUAAUGGGAGUGGGAGGUAUUUGAUCCAGUGUGAAUAAGUAGAAAGACCUAGCGAAGUUAAGAGUGACUUAAGAGGAAUGUUAUGUUAGUUCAACUUUCUGUAGUUUCUAUGUAGAAUGUACAUGUGAGUUUUUCAUUUAUGUAAAAUGGCUGCUGCAAUACGGUAGAGCUGGCUGUAUUUUUUUAAAGGUUGCUGCAAAAUAAUAGCUUAAAUUAACUGUCGGAUCAAGCUAAGUUUGCUAUUUGAAUAAACAAACGGACUUAAAACGAUUGUAGGUAUUUUUUCUCGGUAGUAUUUCAUUUGGACUUUUCAAUAUGGAAGAUCUCUGCUUCCAUCUCUAAUAUUGAUUCCUAAAAGCUACAAAGACCCUUUUAGAGUUAGCUGGUAUCAAGAAAUGUCCAUUUAAUAAAUAACAUUUCAAGAGAAAAGUGCUCUAUUUGAAACGGUCCUUGCUAUUCUUCUACGUUUCCUUUUGAUUCCUCAUUUCUAUUCUGUCUGAAGUUAUU